UGCACCAACGAUAUGGAGCGAGACCGUGAUCGUGACCGCGAUCGCGAGCGUGAUCGUACGGCCGACCGUGAUGUGAAGCCACUCGAGCCUCGCGAUCUAUCCGCAACGCGCCUGUUCACGGCGGCGCAGAUCAAAAUCAGCACAUCGCCCACAACGUCACCAACCAUCUCGAACUCAUCUUCGCCUACGCCUACACCGCCGAUUCCGGCCGUGUCACCGGCAGUCACAGGCGUUGGUAGCGGGUACCAUCAUUCCAAUCACAAGCAGAUCACCGGUAUACCGUGUGUGGCCGCCGCCUCCAAGUACACCGCUCCAGUACACAUCGACGUCGGUGGCACGAUCUACACCAGCUCGCUGGAGACACUAACCAAAUAUCCCGAUUCGCGGCUGGCUAAGCUAUUCAACGGCUGCAUCCCGAUCGUGCUGGAUUCCCUAAAGCAGCACUACUUCAUCGAUCGCGAUGGUGGCAUGUUCCGGCACAUCCUCAACUUCAUGCGCAACUCGAAGCUGCUGGUGUCGGAGGAUUUUCCCGACGUGGACUUGCUGCUGGAAGAGGCCAAAUAUUUCGACAUUGUUCCUAUGAUCAAACAGAUCGAGCAUCUGAAGAAAGAGCGCUUGAGGAGUGGGAACGGUAUCCCACCCUUCGGGGGCAACAGGAGCAAGAGCAAGGGCAUAUCACAAACCGACACGACAAACCACGAUGUAGUGGCGUUGCACAUCUCCCCAGACCUAGGCGAACGCAUCCUGAUCUCGGCCGAACGGUCCGUCCUGGACGAGGUGUUUCCUGAAACAAACCAGGCGAUCCUGGAUGCACGAACUGGCGCCGCCUGGAACCAGUUUGAUGGCCGACAGGUGAUACGAUUCCCGCUUAACGGCUACUGCAAGCUGAACUCCAUCCAGGUGUUGACGCGGCUGCUGAACGCCGGUUUCAGCGUCGAGGCCAGCACCGGUGGAGGCGUCGAGUCGCAACAAUUCUCCGAAUAUCUGCUGAUUCGUAAGAGUGCGAUGUGA